AUGGCGGGCCGGGCGCCUUUCUCUGCCGCUGCCUCGAGUGCCCCUGUCUCGCUCUUGGUCUACUCGGAGCCUCGUCUCGUGUGCCGCCUCGUGGGCGGCGUGGCGGGCGGGCGGCUGUCUCUGCCGCCGCCUCGAGUGCGUCUCGUCUCGCUCUUCGUCUACUCGAGCCUCGUCUCGUGUGCCGCCUCGUGGGCGGGGUGGCGUGGCGGGCGGCUGUCUCUGCCGCCGCCUCGAGUGAGCCUCGUGCCGCUCUUCGUCUACUCGAGCCUCGUCUCGUGUGCCGCCUCGUGGGCGGCGUGGCGGGCGAACGGCUGUCUCUGCCGCCGCCUCGAGUGA